AUGCGUGGAAAUGUGCUUAAAAAAUAUCGAUGGGGUCGUCCAAGGAAGCUUAAUGAUCGUGAUGCAAGAACCAUAGUAAGAAAAGUGAAGAAAAAUCCGAAAAUUAGUGCUCCAAAAUUAGCGAAUCAAAUUGCAACAGCUAGUGGAAAGAAAGUGCAUCCAGAAACUGUUCCUGUUGAAUCCUUCGAUCAGCCGGCUACAAUGGUAGAGUUUCUAGACGAAAGCCGUUCAUUUCAUCUACUAACAAACAAAAGAGACUUGAUUUUGCUUCUGCACAUAUUGACCAAGAUUUUAAUUUUUGGAAAACAGAUGUUUUUACAGACGAGAGUAAGUUCAACGUGUUCGGGAGUGAUGGCCGUGGAAAAAUCUGGAGGAAAAAAAAACACAGAAAUGAAUCCCGAGAAUUUGACUCCAACUAUGAAACACAGUGGAGGCAGUGUUAUGGUUUGGGGAGCAAUGGCGGCCGCUGAAGUGGGCAAUUUAGUGUUUAUCGAUGGCAUAAUGAAUCAAUUUGAAUACCUGAAGAUUUUGCAAGACAAUCUACUUCCAUCAGUUCGAAAAUUCGGUCUUGGGAGCAACUUUGUCUUCUAG